CAAACGAAAUAAACUUGUAUGUAAAUAGAAACAUAUAAACGACACGCAGGAAAAUGGCAAAGCCUGCGCUUGAGGGCAACAUCUUCACGCUCAGCGAGAAAAAUGAGCAUGAAAGAACCAAGCUCGAGCGCCUGUCGAAAUCCCAAUGGCUGAGCGACUACGCAAUCGACAUUUUCAAGACAAUGAAGGAGUCCGAGUUGCGUCGUCGUCAAGUGUUUUUCAUGUCGACCCAAAUCGAUCAACGACCGAAGCUCCUGCAGCUUUGCCAGCUAAUCACGCGCACCUACAAGCUCAGCCGUUGCGCCUUGCAUUUGUCCAUUUAUUAUCUGGACCGUUUCCUGGAUUUCUAUACCAUUCGGACGGACAAGCUGCAACUGAUUGCCCUGACCUGUCUGCACAUUGCGGCCCAGAUCGAGAACCAGGAUGCUUUUGUGCCGCGCUACAGCGAAAUGAAUCGCCUGAUCAAGGACUGCUACACGGCGUUCGAGUACAAGGCCGUCGAGCGCAAGGUGCUCACCUUCUUUGAGUUCAACCUGAUGCGACCCACGACGGCCAGCUUUGUGGAGAUGUUCGCCUGCAGCUUUCUGACACGCGACGAUUAUGCAUCCUACUGCCAACAACUGGAUGAGCUGCCCGCCUUGGCAGCCAGCUAUCCGCGCUACAGUUGCUUCGAGCAAAUGCUGGCCUCGCUGGCACAGCUGCUGCUUCGCAUAUCUGACUACACUCUGAGCAUCAACAGAUUUAGCAACGAGCCGCCUUCCCUGCUGGCCGCAAGCUGUAUUGCUGCCACGCGACAGGUGUGCGGCCUGCCCAAGCGCUGGACGCCCUACCUAACACAGCUUACGUCGUACACGGAACACAUGGUGGAACCAUGUGUGGACGUCAUCACACUUUAUCACUAUUAUCACGCGAUGCCCGCUGUGAAGGGACAACAGCUACAGGAGAGCAACUGGCCCAGUCCUGAUUCUGGCUUUGAGGAGAGUCUCCUAACACCCCAAAUGAAAGUUGUUUCCGUUGAGGUGGAAGCCUUUAAUGUCAUAACCGUGCAGCUACAAUCGCCCGGCACACAACAACAAACGGCAUUGGGCAAACGUUGUCGCGAUAACGACAAAGGAGAUCUCCAGCCAAAGCGCUUGAAGAUGGACCAAGGUCAUAAACAAACCUAGCAUUUAUUACUACACUCCUUAGACUUUCGAAUAGUCUAAACUUGGAUUUUCAAUUUGAGAUAAUUUCUG